AUGGCGCCCAAGAACAGCUCGCCCUUUGCGACAUUCCUCAUCGUAGGACCGACCUGCUUCUUCCUCGGCAUCCUCUUCGCCCUCUUCCCCUACGACUACCACGUCCUCUGGACCACGCCCACCACCCUCCCCUCCGACGCCAUCCCGGGCACCUCCCCGCGCGACCCCUACUUCACCCUACAAGAGAACCACCUCAAGUUCCUGCACGCCUCCCCGCCGCUCAUCUCCCGCAUGCUGCACAUCGUCAUCGGCACGGGCUUGCUGGGAUUCAUGAUGAAGCUGUACAAGCCCAGCGAGGCGAACAUGCUCUUCGAUGGCGCGAGUUUGGUGUUGUACAUGUGCGGGAUUACGGUCUAUAUCGCGAACAUCGUGAAGGGAUUGAGGACCGUGACGGCCGGGGCGUACGGUGGACAACCCCUCCCGGAAGGCGAGAGUCUCGUAGGCAAGAUCCAGGAGGGAAAUGAAGGGGAUUAUAUCGGCCGGGAGGACAGUUUGAGGGUUCUCGCGGCGAGUAAUACCAUCUUGGCGCUGGUGCUUGUUGGGGUGUUGGUGUUGCAGGCGGGGCAGUGGUAUGCGCAGAGGAAGGAGGCCGAGGAGAUUGAGGCGAUGGACAAGGCGAGGGAUGAGAAGAAGAGGAGUGGGAAGGAGGGGGUGAAGGAGGGAAAGGAGGGGAAGAAGAAGCAGUAG